AUGGAGCCCCGGGUGACGUGGGGUUGGUUACUACAAGUAGCAGCCGGGAUGGUACCGUUGCCCAGUAUGGCAAGCCUCGAUCCACGUUCGGAAUGUCCUGGAGCAAUGGAGACGUCUCGAAAAGUGACUAUCUACAAGGGCGAGGUUGUUCUGGAGACCUUCAGUACCCGAGCUUGUCUUCGAACUCUACGGCGAACGCUUCGACGACACCCAAACGAUGGAGAUAUCGAGGCACCAGCAGGCGGGAACGCGCGAAACAUGAGCUUACGAGAGGACAGCAACCCGGGCCGGACGCCACCGGUGACAGGCAUAACAGCAAGCGCCAGCGAUGGUGGGAAAGGAAAAGGCAAGGCAGAUCGCGACCCUCGAAAGUAA